CUGGAGUGAGCACCGACCGGCGGAGGGAGGAGCGCAGGGGCGCACACUUGGCAUCAUGACCCAGACGCCCACCUUCGACAAACCCAAAGUGGAACUACACGUCCAUCUGGACGGAGCCAUCAAGCCUGAAACCAUCUUAUACUAUGGCAGGAAGAGGGGGAUUGCCCUCCCCGCGGAGACAGUGGAGGAGCUGCGGGACAUCAUCGGCAUGGACAAGCCGCUCAGCCUCCCGGACUUCCUGGCCAAGUUUAACUACUACAUGCCCACCAUCGCGGGCUGCCGGGAGGCCAUUCAAAGGAUUGCCUAUGAGUUCGUGGAGAUGAAGGCCGAGGAGGGUGUGGUGUACGUGGAGGUGCGCUACAGCCCGCACCUGCUGGCUAAUUCCAAAGUGGAGCCAAUCCCCUGGAACCAGCCCGAGGGCGACCUCACCCCGGAUGAGGUGGUGGCCUUGGUGAGCCAGAGCCUGCAGAAGGGAGAGCGAGACUUCGGGGUGAAGGUGCGGUCCAUCUUGUGCUGUUUGCGGCACCAGCCCUGCUGGUCCUCGGAGGUGGUGGAGCUGUGUAAGAAGUACCGGCACCAGUCUGUGGUGGCCGUGGACCUGGCUGGAGAUGAGACCAUCCAGGGAAGCAGCCUCUUCCCGGGACACAUGAAGGCCUUCGAGGAGGCUGUGAGGAGCGGCAUUCACCGCACCGUGCACGCAGGGGAGGUGGGCUCCGCGGAGGUGGUGAGAGAGGCCGUGGACACGCUCAAGACGGAGAGGCUGGGCCAUGGCUACCACACGCUGGAGGACGAGGCCCUUUACGCCAGGCUGCUGCAGGAGAACAUGCACUUCGAGGUGUGCCCCUGGUCCAGCUACCUCACAGGCGCCUGGAAGUCGGACACGGAGCACCCAGUGGUUCGGUUUAAACAGGACGAGGCUAACUACUCACUCAACACGGACGACCCACUCAUCUUCAAGUCCACCCUGGAAACGGAUUACCAGAUGACCAAACAGAGCAUGGGUUUCACCGAAGAGGAGUUCAAGAGACUGAACAUCAACGCGGCGAAGUCCAGUUUCCUCCCGGAAGAUGAGAAGCAGCAGCUUCUUGACCUGCUCUAUAAAGCCUAUGGGAUGCCACCUUUGGCCGCUGCAGAGCCGCAUCCCUGAAGACAUCGUGGCUGCCUCUCCAAGCCCUCACCUGUGGACGGAGCCUCCCCAGCACUGUGAGGCUGGAACGACACUUACCUUGACUCCUUCAAGGAAUACUGGCCUAGUCAGCUACGGCUGCUCCUGAAGCCCGUGUGCCCGUUUCUACACACACCAAUACCUCGGCAUGCCGCGUCUCUGCCUACGGGCCAGACUCCAGUUGACUGAAACCUUUCUCCUAUGGUGACUCGUGCUGAAAAUCUGGUGCUCAAUAAAGCAGCCAAUGGCUGGUACUAUGCAGCGCCAUGGUCGAGGGCAGAGUGAGAAUGGAAGGAGCCUCUGGGUUCCCAGACUCAGGCAACCGGCCCAGCAGCGGGGUCCUGAGAUCCUGGUGCGGGCUUGGGGUGGGGGGUGGAGGGGGGACACGAGCUUCUAAUGCUGGGGGCAAAGAAGGGACCCAAGUCUGCCCUCCCUCCAGAAGAAACAAGGCUUCUCUUGAAGAGUGAAUCUGCUUAACUGCUCCCUCUCUGCGCUCUGCUGCUGUAGGUUUUAAGGGCUGGGCCUGCCCGUCUGGGUGAGCUGUGGACUGGGGUGGCAAGCGGGAGAGUGGAAGACUGAUCAGCCAAGGAGGGUCCCAGCCUCUGUGAAGACCAGCUUCUUCUCAGGUACUUCCUUGCACGGAAGCCCGGGGCACUGACAGAUCCCAGCUAACCGUGGACUUGGGGAAACCAGGCCCACCCCUGCUUUUGCUGUUUAAAGAAGAAAUAAUCAUAAACCAGUCACACAAA